CGAUAUCGGAUGAAAGGAUAGGUUCACAGGACAGUUUCCUCGGUUCCUGAAGCUAACGCGAGGAUUCAAAAGGAUGUGUUGUUCCUGUGCGAUCCUAUCAAUCUUAUGCGGUUGGUAGACUACGCGAGCCCUCCAGCCAUAAUACUACCCUUUCUUGGUAUAUUGCCUAUAGGAACGACUAAGUGACCUCAAAAUGGGCGUCAAAGGAAUUCGUACCGCUCUCAAAGUCGAUCUCGAUAAGCCAGCUUGGGAGCAACCGGGCUUACAUAAUCGCUGGCAUCCAGAUGUGCCGGCCUAUGGCAAGGUCGCCAACAACGAAGUGGUCAAGAUCGAAUGUCUCGAUUGGACUGGUGGCCAGAUCAAGAACAAUGACUCUGCCGACGAUAUUAAGAACGUCGACCUAACGCAAAUCCACUAUCUCUCCGGUCCAUUUGAGAUUGAGACGGCCGAACCCGGAGAUGUCCUGCUUGUUGAAAUCCAAGACGUCCAGCCGUUCGAGGACCAGCCCUGGGGCUUCACGGGAAUCUUCAGUCCCCGUAAUGGUGGAGGGUUCCUGGACGAGAUCUAUCCUGAGCCCGCCAAAGCAAUUUGGGACUUCGAGGGAAUCUUCUGUUCUUCGCGGCACAUCCCCACGUGCGGGCCGCGAUGUCGCAAAGCCCCCGAACCGAAGAAUGUCCAUGCCGGCAGUGCGGACGAGGACCUCAAAGCCAAGAUCGGCAGAGAAGGCGCAAGGACUAUCCCGGGCCGCCCCGAACACGGAGGAAACUGCGACAUCAAGAACCUCUCCCGUGGCUCCAAAGUCUACCUCCCCGUGCACGUCCCCGGUGCCAAAUUCUCCGUUGGCGACCUCCACUUCUCGCAAGGCGACGGGGAGAUCUCAUUCUGCGGCGCCAUCGAGAUGGCGGGUGUCAUAACGCUCAAGUUCACGGUGAUCAAAGACGGGAUGGCGAAGAUGGGGAUGAAGUCUCCCAUCUUCCACCCGGGCCCUGUUGAACCCCAGUUCGGGCCCGGCCGGUAUCUGACGUUCGAAGGAUUCUCCGUCGACGAGCACGGCAAGCAGCAUUAUCUGGACGCGACGGUUGCGUAUCGUCAGACUUGUCUGCGGGUCAUUGAGUAUCUUCGUCGCUAUGGUUACAAUGAUUAUCAGAUCUAUCUGCUGUUGAGCUGUGCCCCUGUUCAGGGACAUAUUGCGGGGCUUGCUGAGGUGGUCAAGAUGGAUAUGGGAAGCUGUGCCUUUGCCAGCAAGUGA